AUGACAGACCUAUUUGUUUUGUUCCCCGCUAUCAUAAGUCUCUACUUGGUUGUAGCUCUAGCGGGACGCUGGCGCCACAGGCCCCCUCUUCCACCCGGACCUAGGAGCGUGAUUCCCUGGAUUGGAAAUCUCGAUGCUCUACCAAAAGGUGGUCAGAAGGAGUACCUUCACUGGCUGCGCCAUCGUGAUCUAUACGGCCCAAUUAGCUCCGUCACAGUCAUGGGUCGAACGUUUGUGAUAUUGAACGAUGUUAGUUUGGCCUUUGAGAUGCUCGAAAAGCGAGGGGCCAUCUAUUCAUCCAGACCACGGCAGGUGUUUUGUGGUGACAUGAUUGGAUGGAGCCAAUCUGUAGCUCUGUCACCUUACUCGGAACGGCUGCGCAUUCAUAGGAAGAAUACGAUGCGUGUGCUUGGUUCGCCAACCGCAGCGGCUCGAUUUGAACCCGUGCAGGAGAAAGAGGCCGCUCAUUUUCUCGCCCGCAUACUGGAAAAUCCCGAUGACUUGGUAGAACACAUCCGAAGCGAAGCAGGAUCAUUCAUUCUCAACCUGGUUUACGGAUACAAGACGAACAAACAAGGUUCAGAUCCUCUAGUUGAGUUGGCGCAUAAGGUAAUGGAGGAGUUUGCACAGGCUUCUCUUCCCGGGGAGUACUUGGUGGAUUUAGUGCCAUCAGUGCGAGUUCUCCCAGACUGGAUACCGGGAAUGAAUUUCAAGAGAGUUGCAAAGCGCUUGCGACAGAACCUGACGAGAAUGACUGAGCUACCUUAUGCAUUUGUGCGGCAUAAGAUGGAAACCCCACAAGACUCGGAUUGCUUUCUAUCGCAAUUGUUACGCGCAGCCAAUGACGAGUCUAGCCACAAAUGGACGGCCUUGUCGCUCUACAGCGCAGGAGCUGACACUGCAUGUUGUCCCACUUCACAACAGUGGACUGUAUCAGCUCUUUCAACCUUUAUUCUCGCAAUGACUCUGUAUCCUGAUGUCCAAGGAAAGGCGCAAGCUGAGGUCGACGAGGUGAUCGGCAAAAACAGGCUUCCAACUUUCAAUGAUCGUUCGGAGCUACCCUACAUCGAUGCGCUCGUGAAAGAAGUCCUUCGAUGGCAUCCGGUCACUCCAAUGGCAUUACCGCAUACCAAUGUGGAGAGCGAUAGCUUUCAUGGGUACUUUAUCCCGAAAGAGUCAAUCAUUCUGCCCAACGUCUGGGCGUUUAUGCAUGAUCCGCACACUUACAAUGACCCGAUGACAUUCAAGCCUGAGCGUUUUCUGUCAUUGGAGGGUAAGAGCCCGGAGCUUGAUCCGCGGAAAAUGGCAUUCGGCUUCGGGCGGCGACUUUGCCCCGGACGUAUACUGGCAGAAUCGUCAAUCUUCAUCAUCGUUGUGCAGUUUCUGGCUGUAUUCGAGGUCAAAACAAGGCAAAGUAGCCAGGAUGAGAAACACAAGCAAAUGACCCCGGAGUUCCAGCCAGGGGUUAUCAGUCACCCAGCGCCAUUUGACUUUCGGGUUCGAGCGCGGAGUCCACACUGUGAAGCGUUGAUCCGUAGUUCCCAGGAAGCCCACCCAUGGUUGGAAAGCGAUGCACAUACACUGGCGCAUCUUGGUUUCUGA